AUGAGCGCCAUUCUCUCCGCAGACGACCUAAACGACUUCAUAUCGCCGGGCGUCGCAUGCAUAAAACCUAUAGAAACCCUGCCUGCGGCAAACUCGGAGGAUAAUUCUAAUGCAUACGAAGUAACCACCGAAGACAAAGUCGCAGCCUCACAACCACCGCCGCCCGCUACUAUAUCGCUUACAGACUGCCUGGCAUGCUCAGGAUGCGUGACCAGCGCAGAGGCUAUGCUGGUCUCGCUCCAGUCGCAUACUGAGGUCCUUACUACGCUCGAUACCUACCGCUCGUUACGUGCGCCGUGGGAAACAAAAAAUGGCAAGAGUAAUGGGAUAUCAAACGGCGUCAAUGGACAUCACCAUGAGGGGAAGCUCUUUGUGGCAAGCGUAUCACCGCAGACCCGCGCAAGCUUGGCCGCGGUAUUCAGCGUCUCCGAGUCUGAGGUGGGCAACAUGAUCGCACAACUGCUGAGCGGUCCGUCUGGGUUGCAGUCUGGUGGGCACAAUGGUAGCGAUUUCAUUUGGGUCAUCGACACCAAUGUCGUCCGGGAGGCGUGUCUUGUUGCAGCGGCUGAUGAGGUUGCCAUGGCCCUUUCACCCGAGACUUCGAAUGCGCCCUCCGAGCCUGGUUCAGAGGGAGCGAUCAACAACACGCCGAAGAAGCCCAUCCUCACAUCGGCUUGUCCUGGGUGGAUAUGCUACGCCGAAAAAACACAUCCUUACGUCCUCCCACACCUGUCGCGCAUGAAGUCCCCACAGGCUUUGACCGGAACACUGCUCAAGUCGGUACUGAGCCAGCGUUACAAUGUUUCCCCCUCUCAGAUAUGGCAUCUAGCGAUAAUGCCAUGCUUUGACAAGAAACUUGAGGCCAGCAGGAGCGAGCUCACGUCCUCCGUAUGGCUUCCUAAUCAUGACUCCACACAUGACCCCGUACGAGACACCGACUGCGUCAUCACUGCCCGCGAACUGCUGCACCUUGCUGCUGCGCGCAACAUCAACUUCGCAAACCUCCCACGCACACCUCUCCCAUCCUCCCAGCGAACACCCUUCCCCGAUCCGAAGCUCGACGCUUUCCUCUUCCCACCUUCGCGCCGAAAGAACCAGAAUCCAGACGCUGGACCAUCGGGCGGUUAUCUCCACCACAUACUGCACACGUAUCAAGCUCAGCAUCCCGGCUCAGAAAUCGUAGUAAAGCAGGGAAGGAACACAGACGUAAUCGACUACUCGCUUGUCCGUGGCUCAGAGACUAUCGUCAAGAUGGCGCGGUAUUACGGUUUCCGUAACAUCCAGAACCUCGUGCGACGACUGAAGCCCGCGAAGAUCAGCAAGAUGCCAGGCGCAAGAGUGGGCGGAAGCCGGAAACCGAACGGUGCGGCAGUGGAAACGGUGAAGGACUACGCGUACGUAGAAGUUAUGGCAUGUCCUGGCGGUUGCACCAACGGCGGCGGCCAGGUCAAGGUUAGCGAGGUGGAGGAAGUGCGAGCGUACGAGGGUGUUCAAGUUGUCAACGGUGACGUGGUCUCAUCUAAACCUGGUCCCAAGGAGCAGAAAGAAUGGCAGGGCCGGGUAGAUGAAGCCUACUUCUCCGGCUCAGAGGACGAAGUAGAUGUCGACGGCGACCAGGAGAUGCAGGACGUCGAUGUCAACGGGGUGAACGGUACCGGUGACCAAGACGUUGUCAACGGUAUCUCGAGGAAGUACAUCCAGGGCAUUCUGAGCCAUUGGUCCGCCAUCACCGGAGUAGACACACAGAAUCUGGUAUACACCUCCUACCGCAAAGUAGAAAGCGACGUGGGCAAGAAGCAGAACGACGUGGAGAGGGUCGCUGGACUCGCAAGCAGCAUUGGCGGGGGUUGGUAG